AUGUUGAGUUUGCUCUUAGUUUUGUACCUUUCUUAUAAUGUCGACUGUCAUUUAUUGCCGGUAGUAUAUGCAGCGCCAAGUGCAGUGUCUCACCAAUCAAGAAUCGAUGUGAAGAGUACACCUGCAUUUAUAACUCCUGUUCUGUAUAGUUCGACGGUUUACGCAACAUACCCUGGAAAAGUGGACGAAAAUUCUAACACGGUUUACAGUCCAGUGUUAAGUGAUACCGUUUUAACGCCAGUUGCUUUAAGUUACUUUCAUAACCUACCAUUGGCGAGAGCCUUACAAAGUCCGGUAUUUAUACAUGAAGAAGAUUUAAAUGCUGAUGACAAAGAUCCUGAAAACAAUGAUUCGCAAAGUACAACAAAUACAAAAACAAUUUAA